UUCGAGAACCCCUCUGGCUUUUACCGUCGUUUGGUGUUUUCUCUGCUCUUCGCUCACAGCUCCUCCUCUCCUUUCCUCAGUGCUCUGCUUCUCUGCUCUCAGAACCUCCCUAACUCUGUUCGCACUCUCUUUACUGUUUUACCCUCCAAAAGCUCAGUGAUUCUCUCUCUAUCCACUUCAAACGAAGAAAAUCCAGAGAAAUUUCCAAUUUUUGGUGUAUAAAUUAAAGUUUAAUGUUCUUGGAGCACAAAUCAGGUCCAGAAACAGCUUACAUUUGAAGAUUUCUCACUUUUCGAAACAAUGUCCGUGGCCACUAAGCUUAAGUCAUCACCAACAACGGUGACGGAACCGCGAGCGAUUCUCGGUCCGACCGGGAACAGAGUUAGGGUUUCGGACGAGCCAAAGAGGAAACCCGAAGCUCUAAAAAAGCCACAAAGACUGAAAUUUCCAGUUUCCAAGAGCCCACAGUCCGUUGUCCAGAGCAACGUCUCCGUCGACAGUUCAUGUUCCUCGGAUUCUUCUUCAAGCAAUUCCUCCGUCAAAACGGUAAGCUCUAGGAAAACCGUUAAACGAAUCGGAGUGAAGCCGGUGAAAGCCAAAGUUGCUCCAACAGCUGACGAGGUUGUUGCGGAACCUUCUCCGGUGUUAUCUGAACCGUUAAAGCGAUGUGAUUGGAUCACUUCAUUUUCUGACCCGCUUUAUACUUCUUUGCAUGACAAAGAAUGGGGUGUUCCAGUUCAUGAUGACUGGAAGCUGUUUGAGCUGCUGGUCUUUUCACAAGCCUUAGCUGAACUCAGCUGGUCGACAAUUCUCAAUAAGAGAGACAUAUUCAGGAAGCUUUUUGACAAUUUUGAUCCAUCAUCAGUUGCACAGUUUACUGAGAAGAAGUUGCUGUCGUUGAAAGUUAACGGUAGCCUAUUGCUUUCUGAACCAAAGCUCCGUGCAGUAGUGGAGAAUGCUAAACAGAUGCUUAAGGUUCAGCAGGAGUUUGGUUCCUUCAGCAGCUAUUGCUGGGGAUUUGUAAACCACAAGCCAAUUAGAAAUGGGUUCCGUUAUGUGCGUCAAGUACCAGUUAAGACCCCAAAAGCUGAACUCAUUAGCAAGGAUAUGAUGCAGAGAGGCUUCCGUUGUGUGGGACCGACUGUUGUUUAUUCAUUCAUGCAAGUGGCAGGAAUUGUUAACGAUCAUCUUGUGACUUGCUUCAGAUACCAAGAAUGCAAUGCAAAUGUCAAAAAGGAUAUAAAACCAGAAAUCGAAAGGCUAACCAAAGAUGUGGAGAACAUGCGCUUAUCUUGUUAGUGAAUGCCUGAGCCACACACCUUUUCUCUUGACUAAUCACUAAGAUCUUAGUAGUGAGAAGAUUGUAGCAAGAGAAUGAAGACCAGAUGUUCGAAAUGAUUGGGUUAGUAUUUCCAUCUCCGUAUGGCAUUGUAGCAUCUUUCUUCAUCCUCCUCUGUAUCAUCUACCUAACCAGAGAAGUCUUUGUACAAUGAAAGAAUUCUUUUCCUAUGCUAUGUGCCUUGUUUAUCUCCGUAGUCUUUGUAGAGCUUUUGUAACAUUGUCUUAAACCCGUUGUUCUCCUCAUUUGGUUAUUGUAAUAAAAUUUGAUCCUUAUAGAAA